AUGUGGCUGCCGGGGUUGCUGCUGCUUUUCGUGCCUGGGCAAAUAAUGCUCGGCGAUGCCGCCUCGGUCACCUGGGGACAUGUCAACAAAUACGCCAGUCUGCUGCACACCGAAGAUGUCUAUCUAAGGCAGGGCAUCCCUGGAACCCCCCAUAACCUCGUCUACGGCUCGCAGAAUGCCAGCGAUAACUACCGGAUUACGGGUAUACAUGUCGAGGAUCUAAAUGGUGGAGCGGAGGCUGUUGUCACGGCCGGCGGCAUUGGCCAUCAGUUUGUGGUCCUGCGUUGCCAGAGAAUCGAGGAGGUUGAAAAACCACAACCAGCUCAUCUCGAGGUGUCCAUCUAUGGAGUGGACAUAUGACGAGUCACCAUUUUCUACAGAGGGAGCACUCCACACUCGCCAUUGUAAAUAAUAAUUAGUGUAAAAAGUUUUAAGAACUUCAGCUGUGCAAGCCAUUUUAACAAAGAAAAAUUUGUUUAAUAGAUUUUUAUUGAGAUUUAUUUUUAAUAGAGCUAUAUAGUUUAAAAAAAAAAUUUUAAUUCAAUAAACUCAAGCAAAUCUUCUUAUAAUA